AUGUUGGAGAAGGACAUAGAAGCUGGGGUAUACAGGCCAGGAGGUAACAAUGGAUCCGUGGCCCAAAAUGCCUCCACAGAAUCGAACGCCCCCACGGUUGCAAGCAUCCUUGAGCCAAGUCUGAACCCGCAGCUGUCUACUGCGACCAGCAAUCAUCUAUCCCUCUCCGAAGUCGAGCCUGUCGACGUGCAGAUCAGAAAUCUUUCUGUGGUAGUAGAUACAUCGCCCUCUGCGUUCUCUCUGGAGAACCUGCGGUUUGGGAAGAGGCGAAAACAUCAAGAUGGGGAACCAGAAGCCGAAAAGAAGCAGGUUUUACAUUCCGUCGCGGCUUCUAUGCCAGCAGGUUCUCUGACUGCCAUUAUUGGAGGAAGCGGAUCUGGGAAGACCACAUUGUUAAACACGAUGGCAAAGCGAAUGACAAGUAGCAGGCUUGCAUUUGGAGGAACGACCACCUUCAAUGGUAUGGAGGGCGUGAGCAUUGUGCGAAGCGCCUAUGUAAUGCAACAGGAUGUCCUACUGCCGACUCUUACGGUCCGAGAAACAUUGCAAUACUCUGCAGAUUUGCGGCUUCCACCGCCAACGAGAGGAGAAGAGCGAAGGAAGGUUGUGGAAGAGGUCAUUCUAGAGUUGGGACUCAAAGAAUGUGCGGACACCAGAAUUGGAAAUCAUCAACACAAGGGCUGCUCGGGUGGGGAGAAGAGGCGCACAAGCAUUGGAGUACAGCUUUUGAGUAAUCCCAGCGUUCUAUUCUUGGACGAACCAACAACUGGCCUGGAUGCCACGAGUGCGUUUCAACUUGUCAGAACACUGAAAAGCCUUGCUAAGAGAGGACGGACUAUCAUCACAACUAUUCAUCAACCGAGAUCGGAAAUAUGGGGCAUGUUCGAUGGCCUUAUUAUCCUCACAAGGGGAAGUCCUGUUUUCUCGGGAAAGGCAGAUGAUUGUAUACCAUGGUUUAAGAGCCUUGGAAUGGACUUGCCAGCAUUCGUAAAUCCGGCCGAAUUUUUGAUUGAUAUCGCUGCUGUAGACAAUCGCUCUCCUGAGCUUGAGACUAGCUCUUCUGCCCGUGUUGAGCACUUGAAGCACGCAUGGGCCGUAGAAAGCGAUAAAGUCUACAGCGCACUGGACGAAAAACCUACAGCUGCAACGAGAACGAAGCAGGAGGUUGUACCCCGUCAAACUUCCAACUCCCGGCUUCACUCUCCAUUCAUUCGACAGACCCGAGUGUUGACUUCUCGUACUUUCAAGACGACUUUACGUGAUCCAAUGGGAAUGACUGGAUCAGUCGUCGAAGCAAUAGGUAUGGGGAUUAUGACAGGCUGGGUCUUCUUGUCUUUGGGACGCGACCAAUCUGGCAUUCGAAGUCGUGAGGGGGCUCUAUAUACAGCUGCUGCGUUGCAAGGCUACCUCAUUCUCGUGUAUGAGACGUACCGUCUUACGAUCGAUAUACAACUCUUCGAUCGUGAGCACAAUGAAAAUGUUGUAGAUGUCAUCCCUUUUCUAUUAAGUAGACGGAUAGCGAGAUUCGUUACUGAAGACUUCCCAGUGCCGUUGAUUUAUUCGGUCAUAUUCUAUUGGAUGGCAGGAUUCAGAGCGGAUGCUUCAGCAUUCCUGACAUUCUUUGCAGUCGUCCUGCUAUGUCAAUAUAUAGCAGUCACCUAUGCAAUGACCUGUGUGGCUGCCAUCCGUGAUUUUUCAGGUGCGUCUCUAAUUGGCAACCUGGGGUACACAAUUCAGAGCAUGGCUUGUGGAUUUUUCAUCCAAGCAAACGCAAUACCAGUUUAUGUCAGAUGGCUGAAAUGGACUGCAUAUGUGUUCUAUGCUUUUGGAGCCCUAGCUGCAAAUGAGUUCGUUGGUCAGUUCUACAAUUGUCCACUUUCUGGCGGCGAGUCUAAUCCUGCGUGUGCACAAUAUACCGGCGAGUACAUUAUGGCAUCCUUGGGGUUUCCGAAGAAUUGGGUCGUGAGACCAAUAAUUAUUCUUGUUGCUUUCAGUGUAAUGUUCUAUUCACUGGCUGGUUUGGGACUGAGGUACAUGCGUGUCGAGAUGAGCAUUGCUCGAGCACGGAACACAGACACGGAUCUUUCUGCUGGAAAGGAGAAGAUGACAAUUAGAUCUGCGGAAGAGGUCAGGUCUGUAGAUAUUGUUCUUGACAAAUUUGCCCUUGAUUUGGACAAGAGGUCGACGUAUGGUAAGAAGCUACCGACAAAGACAAUUCUACAUCCCAUCUCGGCGCAUUUCCAGCCAGGGAUGCUCAAUGUCAUUAUGGGACCGUCUGGAAGUGGCAAGACUUCACUGCUCAACGCCAUCGCUCUUCGUCUACACAACUCUAUAGGAACGCAAUAUCGUGGGUUUGGGGAUAUGAGAUUCAAUGGAGCUGUACCAUCUGACUCGGUCAUACGAUCCGUGUGUUCGUAUGUUUGUCAGGAUGAUGAUGCGCUCCUUCCAUCUCUUACAGUUCGCGAGACACUUCGAUUUUCAGCAGGGCUUCGACUUCCAUCUUUCAUGACGACGGCCGAGAAACACGAUCGAGCUGAAGAAGUCCUCCUGAAAUUAGGUCUCAAAGACUGCGCUGACAAUCUCAUCGGCUCCGAUUUAAUUAAGGGGAUCUCAGGUGGAGAGAAGCGUCGAGUUUCAAUUGCUGUACAAAUUCUCACCGAUCCUCGUGUGCUUCUCCUUGAUGAACCUACGUCUGGUCUCGACGCUUUCACUGCUUCUUCAAUCAUGGAAGUUCUUCAAGGUCUUUCAAAUGAGGGCCGAACCCUUAUCCUCACAAUUCAUCAGUCGCGGUCAGAUCUUUUCAAGCAUUUUGGUACUGUCCUCCUUCUGGCUCGUGGAGGUUCACCGGUCUACGCUGGCAACGCUGUUGGUAUGCUUCCCCACUUCGAUAGGCUUGGAUAUCCGUGUCCCACUACCACCAAUCCGGCGGAUUUUGCUUUAGAUCUCAUAACAAUUGACCUUCAGCAAUCUUCUCGUGAAGAAGCCACUCGAUCAAAAGUCCGUGACUUAAUUACAUCUUGGUCAAGUGGUGACUUCAACGAAGCCUACAAUCCAACAAUGAUUUCUACACCAGCCGAACUGGGUGCUCUGGUUCGCAAGCCGACCUCCUUUCUCAAAGCCUAUCCCAUCCUGGUCAACCGAGCAUCCAUAAACUUCAGCAGGCAGCCACCCUUACUCACGGCUCGCAUUAUGCAAGUCCUUGGACUGGGCAUAAUCCUCACACUCUUCUUCGCACCCCUGAAACAUGACUAUUUCUCUGUACAAAACCGUGUUGGUUUUAUCCAAGAAUUUUGCGCAUUCUACUUCGUGGGCAUGUUGCAGAAUGUCGCUAUAUAUCCGAAUGAGAAGGAUGUGUUUUAUAGAGAGAACGACGACGGUACAUAUGGCGUGGAGGCCUUUUUAGCACAGUACAUAACUCUCGAGGUGCCAUUCGAAAUUUUCACUUCUCUUCUCUUCGCCAUUCUUGCAGAUCUAGCUGCUGGAUUGCCGCGCACGCCACAAAUGUUCUUCGCUGUUUUCUUCAACUGCUUCUGUGUAGUGAGUUGUGGAGAGAGUGUAGGAAUCAUGUUUAAUACCCUAUUCGCUCACACCGGCUUCGCUAUAAAUGUAACCUCCGUCUUCCUCUCCAUCGCACAGGUCAUGUCCGGCGUCCUCUCCAUCAACAUGCCGGGUUUCCUCCAAGGCGUCAACUAUCUCUCGCCUAUGCGCUAUGUCACCAGAAACUUGAUUCCGUAUUCUCUUCGCCAUAUGGCAUUCCAUUGCACUGCUGCGCAGAGAUUGCCUGAUGGCACCUGUCCGAUCACGACGGGGGAGCAGGUACUGGAUCUAUAUGCGCUGGACACUAAUCCUGCUAUCAAUAUCAUGGCGUUGGGAAUCUGUACGCUGGUAUAUAGGCUGCUGGCUUAUGCGUUAUUGAAGGGAAUGAGGACGCAUUGGGGGAAAAGUAAAAUCAGGCAUGCUGGACGGCCUGCCGCACAUUCAGGGACUGUUGUAUAA